UGGUGUCGCGAAACUACUGGUUCGAUGCAAACGCCUCAACUAUCGACUCGGCCUUCUAUCUGUGCGAUUCCACAACAGGCUGUAUGUAGUCAACAAAUCGUACUGCGACCAGGGCCUGCUCUGCUGCCACACCCUCGCCUUGCUUGAUGCCGUGUGCCGUGGACGCUCGCUGACUCCGUUGCUGUGAACAAUGACACGAAUUCUUCGUGGGCACUUAGGCUGUGCAAGCGCAUGUCGCAUCGACGACGGCAACCAGUGCAUCAAUGGCCACGUUGGAGUGUAAGUAUUGAUGGCAGAUGUGUGAUGGCAGCAGAUCUGGAGAGAUCAUGUCCGUGGCUGUGACGGUUGUGGCUCUGGCUGACGGUGACCAUGCCCGAUCAAUGUCUCUGCAGGCUCUGCAGACAGUGUCCAGAGGGGCAAUACGAAUGGGGCCGUCAGUGCGUCCGCUGCGACGACGCUGCAAGGAACAUUGCAGCUGGCAUCGCGGCAUUCAUUGCGUUGUUUCUCGUGGUCUGCAUCCUGCUGGACUUUGAUCACACGACUGUUGUUUCGAAGGCACUGUCGUUUCUCAGCCUGAGCCUCAACAUAGAGAACAGUCAGGGUGGAUGCGUGCUUCCAUUGAGCCCGUUCGACAAGAUGAUCGCUCCAUAUGUGGUUGCUCUUGGCAUGAUCGUUUGCCAGGGUCUGUGGCACGCGAUGAUCCAGUUCGUUCGGGGUCCUGAUCGAGGCCCGCUGUUCAAGAAGAUCUGGGCAAAGACGAUCCAUUGGUUUCCGUAUCUGGACACAGGCUUGGGACACUCUCUGAAACGGACAAGCAUCAUCCUGAUCUUUUUCUACUUCAGCCCGGUCUACAGCACAGGUGAGGCGCAUCCUUCGCAAGAUGGAUUCGUUGUGCACGCUCGAGAGUGUUCACACUGAUGCGGACGUGUGCUAACAUCCCUCGAGCAGCCGUCGGCGUUCUGUCCUGCAGGACCAUUGAGGGUCUUCCCUCAGUUGUGUGGGACUAUCCGUCGAUCCAGUUGAGCUGGAUGCGGGACGAGCGCACCAGAGCGAGUCAGUACUUUCUCGCAGCAGCC